AUGCCUUUCUACCCGCCGUCUUGGGCAGCAGACUUGCCCGAGAUUCCAGAUUCCAUUUCCAUCGAGACGUUCAUGUUUGAUGAGCGAUAUGGCCGCCACCCAGUGCAAACUUCUCGGGCCCCAUUCAUCGACGGCCUCAGCGGCAAAUCAUAUAGUGUCUCGGAAGUGAGACGACGCGUAGACUACUUGUCACGGGCUUUGUCCCGCGAACUGGGCUUCAAACCCGAUCAAGGGACCGGGUGGGACAAGGUGGUUGCGUGCUUUAGUCUCAACAACAUAGACUACCUGACUCUAGCCUGGGCAGUUCACCGCCUGGGGGGUAUCCUGUCUUGCGUCAAUGCCUCGUACAAUGCAAGCGAGCUCGAGUACCAGCUCAAGGACUCUGGGGCCAAAGCAGUCUUCACCUGUCUGCCACUACUGGGAACAGCCAUGCAAGCGAGCAAGCGACUGGCAAUCCCGAGUCACCGCGUGUUUCUUCACGAGCUUCCCCCUGCACUUGGUGGAGACGUCUCGAACCCUGGCCGCAAGACCAUCGACCAACUGAUCCAGGCCGGCGCCAAGCUGCCCGCGCUCAAGCCCGCCGAUUCAUGCUGGAGCAAGGGAGACGGGGCAGAGAGGAUCGCUUUCCUCUGCUACAGCAGUGGGACCUCUGGUCUCCCCAAGGGCGUCAUGAUAUCCCAUCGAAACGUCAUCGCCAACACCAUCCAAAUUGCCACGUUUGAGGAACCGAAUCGCCGGCUCUUGCGUCAAGGCCAGGGAGUGGACUCUUGCACAGAGCUGUGCCUGGGACUGCUCCCCAUGUCGCACAUCUACGCAUUGGUGGUCAUUUGCCAUGUCGGACCUUAUCGCGGCGACGGAGUUGUUGUUCUGCCAAAAUACCAUUUCGAGCAACUCCUCCAAACCAUUCAGGACUUCAAGAUUCGAAUGCUCUAUCUCGUCCCGCCAAUGGUCAUCCACAUGGCGAAACAGCUGGAUAUCGUCCGGAAAUACGACCUCUCCUCCGUGAGGGCAGCUUUCACGGGAGCCGCGCCCCUCAAGGAGGACACGGCAAACGAGCUCCUCAAGGUGCUGCCCAAACUGCAGCUGCUGCAGGGAUACGGCCUGACAGAGACAUCAACCGUCGUCUGCAUGACCGCCCCUCAAGACAUUUGGCUUGGGACAUCUGGCUCGAUUCUGCCAGGCGCCACCAUUCGCCUCUUCACAACCGAGGGCCAAGAGGUGACAGGCUACAACCAGGUUGGCGAAAUCUGGGUGCAUUCGCCUUCCGUGGUGCCGGGGUACUUGAACAACGAAAAGGCUACAGCCGAGACGUUUGUGAUAGCCGACGAUGGCUUGCGAUAUAUGAGGACUGGUGAUGAGGGCAUGAUUGCCAAGAGCCAGAAAGGCUACGAGCACGUUUUGAUCACUGAUAGAAUAAAGGAAUUGAUCAAAGUAAAGGCCCAUCAAGUUGCCCCCGCCGAGCUGGAAGGCCACAUCCUGGCUCACGCAGAUGUCAACGAUUGCGUCGUCAUUGGGGUUCCCUCCGAGCCCGAGGGGGAAGUCCCCAAAGCCUUUGUGGUCAAGAGCCCCAGCGCCAAGGGAUCCGACGACGUCAUUGCCCAGAGCAUACUCGAGCACGUUGCGCGCCACAAGAGCGACUAUAAACGCCUGCGCGGCGGCGUGGAAUUCAUCGACGUGGUGCCCAAGAGCCCCAGCGGUAAGAUCCUGAGACGUCUUGUUCGCGAUCGGGAAAUGGCGAAGCGGAAGAAACAGGGCGCGAAGAUGUGA